UGUAAAGACUAUUUGAAGCCGACGAUGGAACCUCACCACUGGAUCUUCUCGUCUCGGGCAUUCUUUACUACCCUAGGUCCCACCCAGACCAUCGGUGUAGCAUGGCUAUGAGCGAGGAUGCCUCAAGGGCGUUGGUCAUCAUGUGGGUGAUUGUUGGGGUGGUCUUUGUCUUGGUAAUCCUUCGUGUCUACACCCGGGUGGUCUGCAUGGCCGCCUACGGUGUUGACGACUGGAUAUAUGUUGCCGCAUUUAUCAUCCUUUUCAUUUAUACCGUCCUCAUCCAAUAUGCUGCCUUCUUUGGCUUCGGCCAAACCGAAAAAGAAAUAGCAAACGCUACAAGGGCAUCAAAAGCUCGACUGUUCGAAUGCCUCGGACAAACCACGUCAUUUAUUGGCACGCCUCUCGCUAAAGCUUCACUUGGAGCGUUUCUUCUUCGACUGGUCACGGUGACGUGGCAUCGGUUUGCUGUCUGGGGAGCAAUGACAUUGAUGUUCUUGUCAUCUGUUGCACAGCUGCUAUGUUUCUGGCUGUCCUGUCGUCCUUUCAACUACGUGUACAACAAAAAUAUCCGGGGAGUCUGCCCAGUUAAUACACGGCCAACUUUCUAUCUUCUCUAUGGUUCAACCAUCGCCACAGACUUCUUCUUUGCAAUGUUUCCAUGGAUCAUUCUGUGGAAACUUCAGAUGCCCAGACAAGAGAAAAUCACUAUUGGCUGCAGUCUGAGCCUCGGACUAAUUACCGCUGCGGCCGGUGUAAAACGAGUGACAGAAGUGGAAGGCCUGUAUACAUCAAAUUAUCUGAAAACCACCCUUCCUCUCAUUGUGUGGUCGGCCGCAGAGAUGGCUAUUACCCUGGUCUGCAUCGGCAUCCCCGUUUUGAGGCCGCUAUACAAGCGCAUGUACUUGCGCUUUCAAAGGCAAUCCGCACACUCGUCAGAAUAUCUCCAACAAUUAGACCGCUCAAAGGAGCAGCCAGGAUUUGCACUGCAGACAAUCGGCGGAGGGCCCCUUGAUAAGGAGAUGAGUAACUUGGAGCGAAUGAACAGUACAAGACCAACAAGUGUCAUGAACAACAACACUGAUGACUUUCUUUACGAGCGAUUCCGGAUAGGGAUUAACGAAGCGUCUAAGACGACGGUGAUAGCUCAGCAGCGAAGGCUUGACGACGAGGUUUCAAAGAUGGACGCACUCGACGAUUACAGCCGUAGCCAACUUGAGCGCAGUACUGAUAGCACACGAAGGGCAUUGGGAGAUGAAGAGCUCGGUAUGGCGAAUAGUAACCAGCGGAGUCAAAACACCAUUACCGUAACGCAAAGCUUUAGCGUUGAUAGAAGUUGAGCAGGUAGUACUUUAUCUGUU